AUGGAUAUAAAUCGGGCCGAACGGCAGGCGAAGAGAGUCCUGAUCAUGGUGUCGCGGAGAAGCCCGCAGUGGGAGAAAGCGUGGACAUUUCCCGAGGAACUAAUUGUCAUUGCACUGCGACUCGCACAGGAGAGCGGACUGCUUCCACAAUGCGUGCAAGAGGACUCAUCCGCAACCCGAUUCCUGGCAAAGGAGAGGUGGGAUGGUCGAACAUUCAUCGUGUUUGACGUCUAUCACGACACCUACGACCCCGAUAGAGCUCACAUGCAUGGCCAAGAAGAUAACCUGCCUGUGAUUGAGGUUUAUUUGAGUCGAAAGGAGGUCGCGAGGAUGGCGGGCAACCCGACAGCGAACAAGGUCAAUGGCGACGUCAGAGCUCUCCAUAAUGCGACUGGUCCAGGCAGCCGACCGCCCUUUAGCGUUGACCACAGCGAAGGGAAAGUGCCCUUCUAUAAUAACCCGCGAUCUUCUGAGUCAUGUGGCGUAACGGGCUUGUCUCUCAGUUGA